AUGACAAGCCCGACAGACCUCCCAGCGCUUACGCUACUGCUGCAGGAGAUCCAAUCCCUGACCUCCUCUAUGCGAAGGAAUCAGCGAUGGGCAACAGGGUCCGCUCAGCACUUUACGACCUCGCAGCCCCCGCUUCCGCCUUACCUGCGCGCGGGGGGCAAGAAGCGCGGAUCUCCACCUCGGAAGGGGCGGGCAAGUCUGGACGGAGGUAAUGUGGAUGAGGGGGAUUUGAUGCUCGGGUUCGUGGAGCUUCGGCGUAGCUUGAUAGAGACCAAGAACAUCUCCACGCUGCAGCCUUUGGACAUCUCGGCGCCGUUCCUCGCUCUCAUACGAUCGCCUUUGACGUCUGGACCUAUCACCUCGCUGGCUCUGACCUCGCUCAACGCGGUCAUCCUUAACGUUCUCCCAUUGUUCCUCGCUCCUCCCCCAAAGGUCACAACUCCUUCGACCCCGCUCCAGGUCUGCCUCGCACACAUCACCUCGACUCUGUCGUCAUGUCGCUUCCCGUCAUCAUCGCCGCAGCAGGACGAGCUGGUCCUGCUCCGCCUACUCCGGGUGAUCGAGUCGCUAGCCAUGCCUGUUCCGAUGCCGAGCAGCAGUGGGAGCGGAAGCAUGCUGGAUCAGAUGGCGGAUGAGUCGGUGUGUGAGCUAUUAGAGGUGGGACUGGGGAUGUUGGCGCGCGCAAGGCUGAGUGAGGGGCUGCGCGGGACCGCACAGAGCUGCGUCCAGAUCAUCGUCCGGGCGGUCUUUGGGCGGCUAAAGGGGUUGACGCAGGAGGAUGUCGACAAGCUACUCGAGUCGGCCAAGGAAAAGGAGAAGGAGGCGGAGGUACAAGAGAAUGGCAAGGACGAGGAGGACCUCACGCCGCCGCCAUUCACGCCGUACGGUCUACCCACCAUCCUCGAGCUUCUGCGCGUCCUCAUUGCGCUACUCGACCCGGCGGACCAGGCGCACACCGACUCGAUGCGCCUCGCUGCGUUAUCAGUGCUCAACACGGCGCUGGAAGUCGGUGGGAGUAGUCUGGGAGAGUGGUCAGAGCUUCGAGAAGGGGUCAGGGACGAAGGGUGUCGAUACCUCUUCCAAUUGACCCGGUCGGACGCGUCGAUCCUCCUCGGCCAGUCCCUCCGAACUACCUCCACCCUCUUCUCCACUAUGCUCCCUCAUCUCAAACUCCAGCUUGAACUCUUCCUUUCGUACCUCAUCGACCGUCUCACACCCCAAACACCUCCCCCUCAAAUUAACUAUGGCAACUCUUCGCGCCCCAGUACCCCCUCCACCGCUACUUUCGAUCACACCGAUACUACACCGUCUACACCGCGGCCCAUCUCCCUCCUCCCGCCUGUACCCAACGAGACGCGCGAGCUCAUGCUCGAGACGUUGACGCAAAUAGCGCUCAGGCCGAGCUUUAUGGCGGAUUGCUGGGUCAACUAUGACUGUUCGGCGGAUAGCGAGGAUAUCUUUGAGCGAUUAAUUGGUUUCUUGACGAGGGGAGUGUACCCGUCUGGUCCGCCAAAGCAGGAUGGGACGACCAACCUCUUUGAUGGACUCGACGCGGCCCAGCUGUUGAGUUUGGAGAUAUUGCUGGGGCUUGUCAGCUCCAUGUCGGAAAGGAUGGACGAUGGGGGAGAGUCAUGGCCAUCAUCUGCGCCGCCAGCGUCCGACUUUAGCGACCAAAAAGAGCGCAAGGGUGUUCUCCUUGCCGGUGCAGCGGCCUUCAACGCCAAACCCAAGAACGGUAUUGCGUUCCUCGAAAAAGAAGGUGUCAUCACCGUUGACCCCUCUGCGCCUGGGACGGACGAGGAAAAGCGGAAUAAGGCCAUUGCCAAGUUCCUCCGGUCAUCGUCUCGGCUCGACAAGAAGCUUAUCGGAGAGUACAUCUCUGGGCACGAUAAGGUCGACCUGCUCAAGGCUUUCCUGGCGUCUUUCGACUUCAAGGGGAAAUCCAUCGCGGAUGCUAUGCGGGAACUACUCGAGACUUUCCGGCUACCGGGCGAGUCGCAGCCAAUCUCGCGUAUCACCGAGGUGUUUGCAGAACAACUCUUUUCCACUUCUCCCCCGGAGAUCGCCAGCCAAGAUGCCGCCUACGUCCUAGCCUACUCGGUCAUCAUGCUCAAUACGGACCAGCACAACCCUCAAAACCGGAAACGCAUGACCAUCGACGACUACAAGCGGAACCUGCGCGGAGUCAAUGAUGGGAAGGACUUUGAUCCUGAGUACUUGGCGGCGAUCCACGAGAGUAUCAAGAAGAAGGAGAUCAUCCUGCCAGAGGAGCAUGUGGGGCAGCCGGGGUUCGAUUAUGCCUGGAAAGGAUUGAUGCAGCGGGCGAGGACUGCAGGCCCGAUGAUCUCGUGCAAUACCGCCCAAUUCGACGAGGCGAUGUUCAAGCUCUCUUGGCGUCCGCUCAUCUCGUCCAUCGCCUACGCGUUCACCAUGUCGGCCCAGGACGAGCAUGUCAUACAAAAAGCCAUCACUGGGUUCCGGCAAUGCGCCUCGCUCGCUGGCCACUUCAAACUGCCCGAGGUAUUCGACACGAUCGUACAGUCCCUUGCGGCAGCGACUGGUCUUCUCGACGAGGGUGACUAUCAAAUGUCCAACUUCCCCAUCGUCGAGAAGGAUAACCAAAGUCUUAUUGUCUCUCCCUUGGCGAUCCGCUUUGGCCAGAGCUACCGGAGCCAACUCGCCACUGUCGUCCUCUUCACUAUCGCGAACGGGAAUGGCGCGGCGAUCCGGUCCGGCUGGACGCAGAUCUUCGAGAUGUUCCAAACGCUCUUUUUGCACUCGCUCCUCCCGGCCCCAAUGCUUCAGAUGGAGGACUUCCUGGCCGGACAGACCACCAUCCCGAUGAAGGCAGCGGCGGCGCCGCAGGUGGAUCGAAGGCCGGAGGGAGGUCUGCUUUCGGCGUUGUCAAGCUAUUUGCUCAGCCCAUACGGAGGCGAGGCGGAGGUCGUUGCGGUAGAGACAAGCGAGGAGGACGUUGAGAACACGCUGGUAGCGGUUGAUUGUCUGAAUUCGUGCAAGCUGGAAGAGCUGUAUGCGGAGAUCCUGAGCCUGGACGUGGACGCCCUCAUUCCUGCGCUACAAGCGAUUCGACAACUCGCAGAAGACCGGACGACCGGUAAACUCACCGCUCGGCGAAACAGCACCGAGCUGAGCGAGACUGGCUCUCCGCGGCGAUUCCAGAACCUCGACGGGCCGCUCCCGUACGAUCCGGCCUGCGUCUUUCACCUGGAGAUGAUGGUCUCUUUGGCGAGCAGGGGGAAGAAGCAUAUCGCCGAGACUUGGCCGAUCAUCUUCGAAUACAUCUCGACCCUUCUCAGCUCGGCCCAGAGCUUCAGUGUCCUGCUGAUUGAGCGUGCUGUUGUCGGUCUCUUGCGACUAUGCCUGGUGGUUUCGGAGACCCCUACUCUGCGGGAUCAACUCUACAUCGCCCUCGACGUGCUCCGCUCUCUACCUUCUUCGGUCCUCUCGGCGGUCUCGGAGCAGCUCAUGGCUGGAAUCGCCAAGAUCCUCGAGAAGGACACGGAAGUCGUCAAGUCCCAGACAGAAUGGGGGCUCAUUAUUGCUCUUUUCCGGGCUACCGUCAACCACCCCGAGGCGAGCAAGGUGACAUUGGGGAUUGUAAGGCGGAUGGUGAAUGAGCAGAUCCCGCCAGUGACGCUUGACAAUUGGGGAGGGGUCGUGGCGCUCUUGGACGAGUUUGCGACCGGUGCGGGGGCAGCUACGGCGGGCAGGGCGCAGCGCAAGACUCCUCAGCAGGCUUCACUCGGUCCUGCGGUCGAACGAGGCCUCUCCGCCCUCGACUCGGUAUACGACCUCCGCCUCGUCAUUCCCGCCCUUACCGCCUCUUACCCAUCCACAAACGCCUGGGACACCUUCCACUUACCCCCACUCCUCAUCCUCUCCAAACACUGCAUCAACCACUCGCGCGAGAUCCGCCAACGCGCCAUAUCGUACCUCCAGCGUAUCCUGCUCUCGCCCAACCUUCUCGAUAUCCAUGGCAACCCCGAGACGCUGCCGGUCAUCUUUGACCGAGUGCUCUUCCCCAUCAUGGAUGAGCUGGCGAAACCGCAGCUCGAGUCGGGGAUGGGCGAGACGAGGUUGAGAGCGGCAACGCUGCUGUGCAAGGUGUUUUUGCAGUAUGUCGUACGGUUAUCGGAGGGGGAUGUGGUGGGGGAGUUGUUUGUCAAGGUGCUGGAGAAGCUCGAGAGGUUUAUGAGGAAUGAGAGAGAUAUGAAUGAAGCAGGCGAGUCGCUGAAGAACGUCAUCCUCGUCAUGCACUCGUCAGGGAUUCUCUUACCGCCACCGUCGACACCAGCAGCAGCCACCACUGAAACACCAUCCGAGGCGGUCGUAGACACAAGGACGGAUGCGCAGAAGAAGCUGUGGACAGCGAGUAGGGACAGGAUCGAGAGGGUCUUGCCGGGGUUCUUGGAGGAGGUGAUGGCGAAUCAGCCGGAGGAGAAGAAGAUGGAAAAGGUAAAAACGCAGCAGGAGGGGGUGGUAGCUUAG